AUGAUCAGUGCAAUUGGAUUUUUGACCCUAUUGUCGAUUCCCAUUCGAAUUUUAGUUGUGAUUUUCAAGUACUAUGCGGGAACCAUUCCGUACAGAAAGUUCCGAAACGACUUGCGCCAAUGUAUUAGAAUGACCAUUUUCCGAACCGCGUUGAGUCUCACCAACAAAGACUGCUACUACAUUGCACUUCUCAGCAAUAGGUUCAUUUUGAACAAAGUGAUGAAAUUGAAGCACAAAACUAUCGCCGACCGUCUUCCUGGCUACGGUCUGAGGUACGAUGCCAAUUCGUUGUGGUUGGUAAAACAGCCAAACAGAAACAACGACGACCCAAUUAUGAUAUACAGCCAUGGUGGCGGGUUCUUCUUGCAAACAGAAGCUCCGCAGGUCGAAUCCAUGCUUGCUAUGUACAAACUCUUGGACGAAGACAAAAAGAAGCGAAUUUCCAUUCUCGCCUUGGACUACAAAUUGACGUCCCAUGGGUUUAAAGUACCGUACCAAUUGGGUCAAUUGCACGAAACGUACCAGAGAUUGGUGGAUGCUGGCAACACUCAUAUUAUUCUUGCCGGUGACUCUGCUGGUGGAAACUUAUCCAUUGGUUAUACUCAAUACCUUAAACGAUACUCCACGAAAUCUCCAAUUGUGUAUCCCAAAACCUUGCUCUUGUUAAGUCCAUGGGUCAAUAUCGUUCCUCAUGACGACGCGUUCACCCCAUCCAAAUCGUUCUUUGAUAACGACGGCUACGACAUGAUUCGGCACAGUUAUUUCACCGAGACCGAACUCCGCGAUAUGUUCGAUGUUGAUGUCAAUGAUCCUAUGAUCUCGCCCGUGACCCAGCCAGAUAUAAAGAGAGAGGAUUGGGACUUGCCCAACUACCGUAAUCCUAAUCACAAUAUAUUUCUUUUGUGUGGAGAAGACGAAGCGUUCCGCGACGAUAUCUUGAGAUGGGCCGAAGGUGCGUUGGACGUGCCGUAUUUUUCUACCAUCAAAUACGGCAAUUCCGAUCAAUUGUUCAACCUCAAGACUCACCUGCACCUCCGCAAGGGAAACCCCAAUCAUUGCCGCUUAGACUUCUAUAUUGAGCCGUGGGGAGUCCACGAUGCUGCACUCUUUUUCGAGAACCAUCUUCUCAAACGCAUCCUCAAAGUGGAGAAAAGUGGGGGUACAAUCAGCUUUAGGGAUUUAGGGGAUGAAUUCUUCGGACUUAAACGUGCUGCUUCAUUCUUGAAUGACGUAAUAUGA